GCAGGCGCGUCUCAGCGGCGGGUGGGAGCGAGGCUGGCGGCGCUGGCGAGCCGGGGGCCGCAGCCGCCGAGGGAGGACGGAGCUUGGCGGGCCAUGGAGCGCAGGGCGAGGAGGCGCCGCCGCGACAGCCGCAGCCCCGAGCACUAGCGCGGGCCGCGACCGCCGGGUCCCGACCGAGCAGCCGCUCCCAGCCGCCCGCGCUUCCCCGCGCCGGGGCCGCCGCCGGGCGGGUCCCGAGCCCCCUUCCCCGCCCGCCGCCUCCCCCAUGCGGCGGGGCUGGAGGAGCCGGAGGCCUCGCUCGCCCGGGAGGCUGCAGCCGGCGGACGGCGUGUGAGGAGGGGCCGAGGCCUGCGCGCCCAGCACGGACCUGGGAAUACACAGCUGCUUUGGGACACACCUCUAUUGGAUUUAAUACAUGCUCCACUAGCAACAACUUUCAGCUAUGGAAUCGACGGUUGAUGAUGAGGCGAUGGCAGCAUAAAUGAAGAUCAAGUAAGGAAGGCAGAACGAUGCCCAAGGGUGGGUGUUCUAAAACACCACAGUCAGACGAUUUCUCUCUCAGCAACGACAUGGUGGAGAAACAAACGGGGAAAAAGGAUAAAGAUAAAGUUUCCCUAACCAAGACUCCAAAGUUGGACCGGAGUGAUGGCGGCAAAGAGGUGAAAGAGAGAGCUACGAAACGGAAGUUGCCUUUCACUGUUGGAACAAAUGGAGAUCAAAAAGACUCGGAUACAGAUGCCUCCAGUUCAGUCCAUGCUGUGGUGGUAUAAGGCUGGUACGCUCCUCGAAGCACCAUGGCAUGAAAUGGAGGUUCCUAGAAGCAAGACGGAAGAAAAGCAGGGUCCAGAACGGAAGAGGAUUAAAAAGGAGCCUGCCACUAGGAAGCCAGGCUUGCUGUUUGGAAUGGGGCUUUCAGGAAUCAGGGCUGGUUACCCACUCUCUGAGCGCCAGCAAGUCGCCCUUCUUAUGCAGAUGACAGCAGAAGAAUCUGCAAAUAGCCCAGUAGAUACAACACCAAAGCAUCCCUCUCAGUCUACAGUGUGUCAGAAGGGAACUCCUAACUCUGCCUCCAAAACCAAAGAUAAAGUAAAUAAGAGAAAUGAGCGUGGAGAGACUCGGCUGCAUAGAGCUGCCAUCCGAGGAGAUGCCCGGCGCAUCAAGGAACUCAUCAUUGAGGGCGCAGAUGUCAACGUUAAGGACUUCGCAGGCUGGACAGCAUUGCACGAGGCAUGUAACCGGGGUUACUAUGAUGUUGCAAAGCAGUUGCUUGCUGCCGGCGCGGAAGUCAACACAAAGGGGUUGGAUGACGACACCCCGCUGCAUGAUGCAGCUAAUAAUGGGCAUUUCAAGGUGGUAAAAUUGUUGUUACAUUACGGAGGGAACCCUCAUCAAAGCAACAGGAAGGGAGAGACGCCUUUAAAAGUCGCUAAUUCCCCCACCAUGGUGAAUCUACUCCUGGGAAAGACCACCUAUCCCUCUAGCGAAGAGAGCUCAACAGAGAGCUCAGAGGAGGAGGACGCCCCUUCAUUUGCACCUUCCAGCUCCGUCGAUGGCAAUAACACAGACUCUGAGUUUGAAAAAGGCUUGAAACAUAAGACAAAGAGUCAAGAGCCCCCCAAAACAACAAUCACACCGGUAAAGGAUGAAUAUGAAUUUGAUGAAGAUGAUGAGCAGGACAGAGUCCCGCCUGUCGAUGACAAGCAUUUGCUGAAAAAGGAUUACAGGAAAGAGACUAAAACAAACAGUUUUAUUUCCAUACCCAAAAUGGAAGUAAAAACCUAUACUAAAAAUAACACAAUUACACCAAAGAAACCUGCCCAUCGCAUCCUGUCAGACACGUCGGAUGAAGAGGAUACCAGUGUAGCCGUGGGGACUGGCGAGAAGCUGAGACUAUCGACUCAUUCGAUACUGCCCAGCAGCAAGACUCGAGAGCCCUCCAACACCAAGCAACAGAAGGAGAAGAAUAAAGUCAAAAAGAAGCGGAAAAAGGAGACAAAGAGCAAAGAGGUUCGGUUUGGCAAAAAAAAUGACAAAUUUUGUUCCUCUGAAUCAGAAAGUGAAAAUUUGGAGAGUGAGGAGGAUGAUAGAGACUCUGUGCAAAGCUCUAGCUGUGUAAAGGACUCUAGGCUAGUGCUAAAGGAAUCCUCCUUGUUCAACUCUCUGUCUGCCUCUUCCACCUCUUCUCAUGGGAGUUUAGCUUCACAGAAACAUAACCCUAAUCUUACAGACCAGCACUCCAAGCACUGGAGGACAGACAAUUGGAAAACCAUAUCUUCUCCGGCAUGGUCAGAUGUCAGUUCCUUAUCGGACUCCACAAGGACGAGACUGACAAGUGAGUCAGACUAUACGUCUGAGGAUUCCAGUUUACAGUCGUUAAAGCCAGUGAGAAAGAAGCAGGAGCACAAAAAGAAAAAUAACUCUCAUAAUACUGUCUGUGAGAAGAAGAAUUCAUUCCAUGCCAACGUGGACGGAGCAAUUCCAAAGCUGGAUAAGGAGGGAAAAGUUGUUAAAAAACAUAAAACAAAACAUAAACACAAAAACAAAGAGAAGGGACAAUGCCCAGUCAGCCAAGACAUUAAAAUAAUCAAAACUUUUUCUUUUGAAUAUGAGGACUCUAAGCAAAAGCCUGACAAGGGUUUGAUAGAGACUGAAAGUCCAAGUGAAAAUAAAUUAAAAGUGUUAAAACAUGAGAGAGAACACUGUAAAAAGGAAGAAAAGCUACUGAAAAGUAAAUCAGAGGAGAAGGAAUGGUUGUUUAAAGAUGAGACUGGAAAAGCCUCCAAAGAGGAGAAAUCAUUAAAAAAAGUCAAAGAGGGGAAUAAAGACAUCAGCAAAUUUUUCAGAGAGGAGAAGUCAAGUAAAGAGAAACCCAUAAAGGAGAAGUCUCCCAAAGAGGAGAAACCUAGAAUACACAAGGAGGAGAGAAAGAAAAAAUCAAAGGAAAAACAGUCAAAAUCUGAAAAGAAGAAUGAUCUGAAGGAGGAGAAAAUUACUAAACUGGAGAAAGACAAAACCUUCAAAGAAGAGAGAGAAAAAUGUAAAAAAGAAAAAGUUUACAAAGAGGAGCCUGGAUUUGAUGAGUUUAGUAAUAAAAGCCAAUUGCUGGAAAGCGAGGACACAAAAUUCAGCCUUUCUGAUGAUCAGCAAGAGAGAUGGUUUUCUGAUUUGUCAUCUGAUUCAUCCUUUGAUUUCAAAGGUGAGGAUAGCUGGGAUUCUCCAGUAACAGACUUCAGGGAGAUUAAAAAUGACAGCAUGGCAAAACUAAUCAUAGAAACAGUGAAGGAAGAAAUUAAAGACAAGAAAAGGGAGAAUAAAACAAAGGAAAAGAAAGAAUACAAUGAAAAACGCAAUGAAAAGGAUACAUUCUUAAAAAAAAGAGAGAGAGAAAGUGUCGACAAAAACCCUGAGAAGAAGAAGGACCAAACUGAAAAGCAUAAAGUCGCUCCUAGUUAUCUGCCUGAAAAGGACAAGAAAAGGAAAGAUUCUGCAGAAAGCGUUAAAGAGAGAAAGGAAAAAGAUCCAGGUGAAAUCAACAAAGAAAGAAAAGAUUCCUCUGAUAGCUGUAAAGACCGAAAGGACAUAAAAAUUAAACAAGAGGAGCCCUAUCGAGAUGAGUUUAAAGAAUAUGGUUGUGAAACAUUCUUCAAGGAGAAAUCUGACCCUGAAUGCAGUGGAAAAAAUGUGGAGAGCGGGGAAAGGCACCAUUCAGGGAAAGAUAAGGAGAAGAAAGAUGCUCCUGAUAAGGAAAAGAAAGAGAAACUGAAACCAGAAAAAUAUAAGGAGAAAUCCAAAGAAGCGGAUAAAGAGAAAAAUGAAAAAGUUGUUGCUGAGAAAAACCAGAAGGACAAAGAACUGGAUAAAAGUUUUAAAGAGAAAAAAGAUACUAAGGAGAAAUACAAGGAUCUGCAUAACAAAGACAAAGAAAGGAAGACUUCUUUAGACUCUAUCAAAGAGAAAAAAGAGAAAAACUUCUCUGGAGAUAGAGAGGAUUUCUCUGAGAAAAGAGAUGAAAAAAAAGGAAAAGAGAAAAGCUGGUACAGCAUCGCAGAUAUCUUCACAGAUGAAAGCGAAGAUGAGAAGGAUGAUUACAGCUUAAGCGGAUUCAAAAUUGGUGAGGCUGUUGGGAGUGAAUUGCAUCGAAUGGACAGUCUACAAGAAAAAGAUGAUAGCAUGGCUGCUGAAAAGGACCUUUAUCUUGCUGACAAGCACAGAAAGUACUCUUCUGACAGACAACAUUCAGGAGAGAAACAGAAAGAUAAAGAGAAGAAAAAGGAUAAAGGAUUAGCAGAAGGUGGGAAGGAGAAAAAAGAGAAGGGUUUCUUUGAAAAACACAAAGAGAAGAAGGAUAAAGAUUCUGUCGAGAAGUAUAAAGACAGGAAAGACAGAACCUCAGUAGACUCCACCCAAGAAAAGAAAAACAAGCAAAAGCUCCCUGAAAAGACCGAAAAGAAGCAUGCUGCUGAGGAGAAGGUAAAAAACAAGCAUAAGGAAAAGAUGGAAAAAGAACAUUCCAAAGAAAAGAAGUCUUCAAAAGGAGGAGAGACCGAGAAGAGCCUGUUGGAAAAAUUGGAGGAGGAGGCCCUCAAUGAAUAUAGAGAUGACUCCAAUGAUAAAAUAAGUGAGAUUUCUUCUGAUAGCUUCACAGACAGAGGACAAGAUCCAGGACUAACCAUCCUCUUUGAGUCUUCUAACCUUUCUCUUAUGGAUGCCUCUGAGGAAAAGUAUAAAGAUUCUCUUCCUUUGCCCUGCUUGCAAGACAAACUCAAGGAGAAGGAGAGGCACAGACAUUCCUCAUCUUCGUCAAAGAAAAGUCACGAGAAAGAGAAAGCAAAGAAGGAAAAAACAGAGAAAAAAGAGAAAAUGGAUGACUUUAAAGACUCCAGCAACAGAAAAGAUUCUAAUCAAUAUGAAAAAGAAUUCUCUGUGGAUGGGGAGACUUUUGGCAUUUCCUACAGCAUGAAAGCAGAGGUUGAGGAAGAACUGGACAAAAACAUUGACUAUUUGUUUUCUGAAAAGAAAGAUAAAAAUGAUCCUGAGAGAGAGCUCUCAAAGAAGGCAGAAAAGGAAAAGACUUACGGUUCCAGUACCAUCAGCACAAUCAAAGAGAAGAAGAAGAGAGAAAAACACAAGGAAAAAUGGAAGGAUGAAAAGGAAAAGCAUAGAGACAAACAUACAGAUGGAUUCUUUAAACAUCACAAAGAUGAGACAAAAUCUGUGGUUAAAGACAAGGAUAGCCCUCAAGUUAUCACAUUCAAAGAUAAGUCAAAGGAGGAGAACCUCAAAUUUAGUGAAACCAAAAUGAAGGAGAAACUCAAGGAAAACCAAGAGAAAGACAAAACAGAGUCUCUAAAGAUCAGUAAUGGAAAUGAUAAAAUAACAUUGUCCAAAGAUGGUAGCAAGAAAGAUAACAGGCCUAGAGAGAAGCUUCUGGGUGAUGGUGAUCUAAUGAUGACCAGCUUUGAAAGGAUGCUGAGCCAAAAAGACCUGGAAAUUGAGGAGCGCCACAAAAGACACAAAGAGAGAAUGAAGCAAAUGGAGAAGAUGAGGCACAGAUCUGGAGAUCCCAAAUUAAAAGAUAAAAUGAAAACCUCUGAAGAGAUGCGUAAGAGGAGUCUGGAUUUGACCACAAAGAAACCACUAGCACUAGAUACUCAGCUAAAGGACAAAAAGCUCAAAGAACUAGGUCCACUGACUCCUAUAUUGUCACCAGAUAAUAAGCCACAGCCUGCUGUGGGGACAGAUUCAAAGGACUGGAUAACUGGCCCUCAGCUGAAAGAAAUUUUACCUGCUUCUCCCAGGCCAGAUCAGAACAGGCCGACAGGUGUUCCAGCUCCAGCUUCCGUAGUUUCUUGUCCAAGCUAUGAAGAAGUGAUGCAGACACCAAGAACUCCUUCGUGCAGCAAUGAAGAUUACACAGAUUUGAUGUUUGAUUGUGCUGACUCUCAGCACUCUCUGCCCAUAUCCACAAUGUCCAUGAAUGCAUGUUCUCCAUCCUUUUUUGACAGAUAUGCAAAUGCUUCGAGUGGACUUCCUGACAAUCCAAGUCAGACUCCAACAAGGACGAUACCCUCCACAAACCUUUAUCGUUCAAUCUCUGUUGAUAUAAGAAGGAUCCCUGAAGAUGAGUUCAGUGCUGGAGACAAGUUUUUCAGGCAGCAAAGUGUCCCGGCAACAUCAAAUUAUGAUUCUCCAGUGCAGCAUUUGAUGGAAGAAAAAGUCCCUCUUCCUUCUGUUCCUGCAGAAAAGUUUCAGUGUAUGUCUCCAGGGUAUUAUUCACCUGACUAUGGAAUUCCAUCACCUAAAGUAGAAACUUUGCAUUGUGCACCUGUUGGCAAUGUUGUCCAAUCACCUGAAAGCAUCUUUUCUGGUUUACAAGCAAAAUCCUCCCCCUCACACAGAGAUGAGCUGCUUGCACCUUCUGUAGAAAGUGCUCUUCCCCCUGAUCUUGGCAUGCCUUUGGAUACCACAGAAGAGCAGCAAGCUACUGCUUCUAUUUUGCCACCAGAGUCUACCUUUUUACCACCUAUUGAAGAAAACGAUUUUAGUUCAGGUAUCUCAGAGCAGAACAAUAUGGACUGGGGUAACCCUCCUUCCAGAAACCCUGACCCUCCCAUGCCUCCUAGUUUAAUUGGUAAUCCAUCUGAUCACCCAGUCAGCUGGUCAGUGGGAUCAGAACUUCUAAUGAAAUCUCCCCAGAGGUUCCCUGAAUCCCCUAAGCCAUUCUGUUCACUGGACCCAAUACAUCCUGCACCCGUGUCCUUUAUUUCUACAGAUUCUCCAUACCCAGUUUCUCCUAUUUCCUAUCCAUUGUCAGUAUCUGAACCGGGGCUUGAUGAAGUAAAGGAAGAUGUUGAAGAAACAGUUCCAGGAGAAAUGGCAACUGCAGAAGAGCAAGCUCCUUACAUGUCCCCUACUAGAUUAGACACUUUCUUCAAUAACUGCAAGCCUCUUCCAGAAGAAACACCCGAGAUGCCUUUAGAACCCCCUUGCAUUCCUACAGAAACUCAGGCAGAGGCUGUUAACACUCUGGAAAACAGUUAUUUGGAAAACAGUAGUGUUGCACCUGUAAACCCAGAAGAGCCAGUAACGUGGCCUGAUCCAUUCACAAACUCAGAAGAUGACUUAGACCUUGGUCCCUUCUCGUUGCCGGAAUUGCCGCUCCAAGCUAAAGAUGUUCCAGAUGCUGAAAUGACUGAAGUGGCAUCGAUAGAAGAAAGCUCAGUAGCUGCCCCAGAAGUCAUAAAUACUGGGAUCAUAAAUGUGAGUGUGUCUGUCACAGCUUCUAGUGAGCAGGAGGAGCUACCGCUUAAUCAGCCAAGUAACUUACUAGCUGUGGAACCAGAGCCACAGCCGGAGGAAAAAACAUCGGAAGUGAUUGCACCAGAAGCUACCUCGGAAGCAUUGAAUGUACCAGAAGAGAAAAGAUUAGAAGAGUCCAAGGAACAGAGUUUUCAACAGAUUGCAUCAAUAGAGCUUGCUCAGCCAGAGAAACAAGAGGCAGAAACAAACCAUGAAGAAUUGCCCUCGUCAAACUGUGCAGUGGAGAGUGGAUCUCAAAGCAGCUUGGCACAAGCGAACACUGCUGAGAGUGGGGUCACGCAAGACAGUGCUGCAGUACGAAGUGGGAGCCAAGUCUCUUCCAUCCAGACAGACACACCCCAAGGGACUACUGCAGUAGAAACCAUAGAGCCAGUACAAAAACCAGUCGCAGAAGUUUCCAAACCACCAAAAAUAGAAGAGAUCCCGCAACGAAUUACCAGGAACAGGGCUCAAAUGCUGGCCAAUCAAAAUAAACAGAACACUGCACCUUCUGAGAAAGAGUUUCCUCCAGUUUCUGCACCUUCCACACGUGCAAAAGGGCGAGUGACGGAGGAAGACGAUGCUCAAGCCCAACAUCCACGUAAACGCAGGUUCCAGCGUUCCAGCCAACAGCUACAGCAGCAGAUUAACACGUCCACCCAGCAGACAAGAGAGAUGAUACAGCAAACACUGGCAGCGAUUGUAAAUGCCAUAAAACUGGACGACAUUGAGCCCUAUCAUAGUGACAGAUCAAACCCAUACUUUGAGUAUCUUCAGAUCAGGAAAAAGAUUGAAGAGAAGCGGAAAAUCCUCUGCUACAUCACUCCCCAAGCUCCCCAGUGUUACGCCGAAUAUGUCACCUAUACAGGGUCCUACCUGCUGGAUGGCAAGCCACUAAGCAAGCUUCACAUUCCAGUGAUUGCACCCCCUCCAUCACUCGCGGAACCCCUGAAGGAACUCUUCAAGCAGCAGGAAGCCGUGAGGGGGAAGCUGCGACUCCAGCACAGCAUAGAGCGGGAGAAGCUGAUUGUUUCAUGUGAACAGGAGAUCUUAAGAGUUCACUGUCGGGCAGCGAGAACCAUUGCUAACCAGGCAGUGCCCUUCAGUGCAUGCACCAUGCUGCUGGACUCCGAGGUCUAUAACAUGCCUCUAGAAAAUCAGGGAGAUGAAAACAAAUCCGUCAGAGACCGUUUCAAUGCUCGUCAGUUUAUUUCCUGGUUACAAGAUGUGGAUGACAAAUAUGAUCGAAUGAAGACGUGCCUGCUAAUGCGACAGCAGCAUGAAGCCGCUGCCUUGAAUGCGGUGCAGCGAAUGGAGUGGCAGCUGAAGGUUCAGGAGCUGGAUCCAGCUGGGCAUAAAUCCCUCUGUGUGAAUGAGGUUCCCUCGUUCUACGUGCCGAUGGUUGAUGUCAACGAUGACUUUGUGCUCUUGCCGGCAUGACAAUACAAAACCAGGAGACAUUCUCCCUGAAAACUGGCAAGGGCGGGAGCCCUCCGAGGACGGAUGCUCGAGCUCACAUUCAUCCUUACCACUUGCUGAUGAAUCCCUGGUCAGAGGAGGAGGAAGCAUCUAUCGGCAGAAAACAAAACAGUAAGAAAAAUAAUUGCACUUUCUUCACGACGUCUCCCUCACUUCUGGACUGAUCACAGCUACGCCAGGCAGCGGGAGUGGGGGAACGCAUCUCCUUUCAAACCGGUUGCUGCAGCAGAGGGCAGCCAGCCUGUACACAGCAAUGAGCGUCUGAACGGACAAGGGGGAGAGAGACUGACGGAGGCAGGGAGGAGAAAAGGUUCAAGAACACGUGUGUUGCAGAAGCUGCUGAGCAGGGCCAGCAACCAUGCAGUUCAUGUACUUGUGAACAUGGCGAUUUCAAGCUCUUUGUUUUCCAUUUGUCCGCAGAUCUCCUCUUGGAGAAGCUGCAGAGGAGACGGUGGGUUUUUUAUAGUUCUCGUUCCAUCCUGGUUACGUCACAAAUUAAAAGCAAAACUAAAAGGAAGCAUCCAGCUUUCCCAGCUGCGGUUCCGGAGGUGCAAACAGCUGCGGCUCCAGAUCCCUGAUGCCUUCCGAGUCGUCAUAAAGUAGCUGCUCGUCACCAAGUUUGGAUGAGUGAGGAGGCAGUUGGCACGUUAUGCGCACGUGACUAGUAUGGUGAGUGUCUACCGCGAAAAUGGUGACGGAGAGCCAGGACUUUGCCGAUCAUGUUUUUAAUGGAGUCAAAUCCAUGUGGUUUAUAUAUAUUUUUUUCCUUUAAUCUUGGGCAUUUUGUUUCUCUUUCUGAGAACAUAACUUGAAAACACUACAGAGCCAAUACUCAUAUAAAGAAAUUGUAUCCCAUAAAUGCUGUACAGUUUUUAUAUACAUUAACAAUGUACUUUUGCUGCCUUCUAGAUAAUUUAUUUUGCAACACAUUACUGCACAGUUGUAAAUAACUUAUGUACUGUAACAUCACUUUCAGUUAUGUGUAAAGAAAUAAAUAAAUUAAUUAAAAUUAUCUUUGUAUGUAUAGUUCACCCUAGGCAGCACUUUCCC